AUGCCUUCCGCCACUUCAAAACCGAGGACCUUGUAUGACAAGGUAUUUGAUGACCACAUUGUCAACGAGCAAGAUGACGGCACCUGCCUGUUGUAUAUCGACCGACACCUUGUUCAUGAGGUGACUUCUCCUCAGGCCUUUGAAGGCCUCAAGAAUGCCAAUCGUGGUGUCCGCCGGCCGGACUGCACUUUGGUGACCGUCGACCACAACAUCCCUACUUCAUCGCGAAAGAACUUUAAGAACGCCGCAGAGUUCAUCAAGGAGAACGACUCUCGUCUCCAAUGUACUACUCUCGAGGAGAAUGUGAAGGAUUUCGGCCUCACCUACUUCGGUAUGGACGAUAAGCGUCAGGGCAUUGUCCACGUUAUCGGCCCUGAGCAGGGUUUCACCCUGCCUGGCACAACUGUUGUUUGCGGUGACAGUCACACCUCCACCCACGGUGCCUUUGGCGCCCUAGCUUUCGGUAUCGGAACCAGCGAAGUCGAGCACGUUCUUGCGACCCAGACCCUCCUUACUCGCCGAAGCAAGAACAUGCGCGUCCAGGUCGAUGGACAGCUCCCUGCUGGUGUGACCAGUAAGGACGUUGUCCUCCACAUCAUCGGUGUCAUUGGAACCGCUGGUGGUACUGGCUCCGUUAUCGAGUUCUGCGGAUCCGUCAUCCGUGGCCUCAGUAUGGAAGCCCGCAUGUCCAUGUGUAACAUGUCCAUUGAGGGUGGUGCACGUGCAGGCAUGAUUGCGCCGGACCAGAUCACCUUUGACUACCUCAAGGGUCGUCCCCUUGCCCCCAAGUUUGGUAGCGCCGAGUGGAACAAGGCCGUCAACUACUGGUCUACCUUGAAGUCCGACGCUGAUGCUAAGUACGAUGUCGAGGUCUUCCUUGACGGCAAGGAUAUCAUCCCAACGAUCUCCUGGGGUACCUCUCCCCAGGACGUUGUUCCCAUUAACGGUGUUGUGCCCGGUCCCGAUGACUUUGAGGACGAGGACCGUAAGGCCUCUUGCAAGCGCGCCCUGGAGUACAUGGGCCUCGUUGCUGGUACUCCCAUGACCGAGAUUCCUGUGGACAAAGUUUUCAUUGGAUCUUGCACAAAUUCUCGUAUUGAGGAUCUGCGUGCUGCCGCCAAGGUUGUCAAGGGCCGUAAGAUCGCUGCCAACAUCAAGCAUGCUAUGAUCGUUCCUGGUUCAGGUCUGAUCAAGCAGCAGGCUGAAGCUGAGGGCCUUGACAAGAUCUUCACUGACGCUGGCUUCGAUUGGCGCGAAGCUGGUUGCUCUAUGUGCCUCGGUAUGAACCCCGAUAUCCUUGACCCCAAGGAGCGUUGUGCCAGUACCUCCAACCGCAACUUCGAGGGUCGCCAGGGUGCUCAGGGACGUACUCACUUGAUGUCCCCCGCGAUGGCUGCUAUUGCGGCUAUUGUCGGUAAGCUUGCCGAUGUCCGUGAGCACGUGUCUUCUAGCCCCGUACUCGCCAAGGUCCAGCCUACUGUUGAGAUCCAGCCUGAGGUCGACUCUCCCCAGACUGAGGACGAGCUUGAGCGCGUUCUAGAUGUCCCUGUCGACAACGAGCCCCACACCAACACCUCUGCUGCCUCAGGCGGUGCCGGUCUCCCGAAGUUCACCACAUUGAAGGGUAUUGCCGCUCCCCUGGAGCGUGCUAACGUUGACACCGACGCCAUCAUCCCCAAGCAGUUCCUGAAGACUAUCAAGCGCACUGGUCUUGGCACUGCUUUGUUCUACGAACUCCGCUUCCACCCAGACGGUACCGAAAACACUGACUUCAUCCUGAACCAAGGCAUCUACCGCAACUCGAAGAUUCUUGUUGUUACUGGGCCCAACUUCGGCUGUGGUAGUUCUCGUGAGCACGCCCCCUGGGCUCUGCUCGACUUCGGCAUCAAGUGCAUCAUCGCUCCGUCAUUCGCUGAUAUCUUCUUCAACAACACCUUCAAGAACGGCAUGCUGCCUAUUGUUGUUUCUGACAAGGUCGCUCUCGAGAAGAUCGCCGACGAGGCCCGUGCUGGCCGCGAGGUUGAGGUCGAUCUUGUCAACCAGGAGGUCAAGGAUGCCCAAGGCAACACAAUUGUUGCUUUCGACGUUGAGGCCUUCCGCAAGCACUGCCUCAUCAACGGCCUCGACGACAUUGGUCUAACUCUCCAGGUGGAGAGCAAGAUCCGCACCUUUGAGGCCAAGCGCACCCUCGAUACUCCCUGGUUGGAUGGUAGCGCCUACCUCCGCCGCGGCAUCCGUGGUGCUACCAAGAUCGAGGCAGUUCCCGUUCCUAAAACCAACCGUGGCGAGGUUAAGAACGAGCCUCUCCAGUGGUAA